AUGCUUGCACUGCAGAAAAUUUUUAUUGACUUGCCCCUUUCUUUGCUAAUACUUGGUCAAAUGAGACGAACUGCAAACUAUUCCUCUACAAAAGCUCCGUCAAGAAAAAAGCAGCGUGUUCUGGCUGCUGAUAUUCAGUGGUGUAUCAAUAACAAGGAUACUAUUACACUGAAAUCUUUCACGGAAAAUUUCGGCUUAUUAGACAAACAAUAUACAGUUAGUCGAUACACUUCAAUUAUCAACAGCCGCCAUCUUGCAGUGGAUCAAAAACGUUUGCAAUCAGAAUUGGAUCUUUCGAAGAAAUCCGAAAAAUUUAAGUUGUAUUGGAUGGAAAGGACGCGAAAACUGACCCAGCUAGACGUUGAUGUCAAAUGCACGGAAUACGUCCAUGACGCCGCUGAACGAGCAACGAGAGCACUUUCCUCCUUUUCCGCAGCAAACGAUACCACGAAAACAACCAAGGUCGAGUCCACAGUGGAUACUAGUGCUACAGAAACUGUCGCGGCUACUGCCACCAUAUUAGAAGACGUUGAAACCCCGGCCCAAUUAAUUCCAUGGAUUUUUAAGGGCGUGGAUGUGGCAGAGUUAUUCACAAAAUUCAAGAAAGCCGUUCAACGAAUAUCGACAGACCGGUUGUUCUUCAUCGAAUCAUCCAUGCACGAGCUUUUGGCCUUGUCGAACAUCUUUCUUUUAUGCCCUGACCAAUACAGCACACUGCUCAUCAAUAUUUUUACUGAAGAUGUUCUUUCCGAUCUUGGAACUCGAUGGUCAAAUGUCACAAGUGACGAAAGUGGGGAAAUACGCCCUGAUGCCACUAUUUCCGAGAUAUGUCAACUUGAUUUUGGGCCAAGCCGUGGAUAUGGCGAAGUCAAGUUGGCGAGCCACACCACCGAUAACCAUGCUUUAUGUCACGAUCUCCUGCGUUUAGCAACGUUAGCCAAGGAUACUAUUGAUAUGAACAAACUACAGGCUGCUUUGACUUUUCAAAUUAACGGGUUUAAUAUCACUUUUUACUUGUCACGCCUACGUCAUGAUGGAAUCACGUUGCUGAGGGUAGCUGAAGCAUUUUGGCGUUUGUGCCAGCCUGUAAAUGAUGAAGAAUUGUGGAAAACAAAGCGUCGUCCGACCUACCCUACUAUCUACUCUUUGAUUGAUGCCAGCAAGGAUCGACAUCGCUUUUGUGCCCUCCAUUUCGAAUGAUAAAUGAUAGUGCCACUCUUUUUUUUUUCUUUUUUAAUAAAGUGAAUAUACCAAUUAU